AUGUUGGAACGUAAAGAUGAUGAAGGAAAUUUAUAUGUCUUUAAUGAAGAGGACUUACCAUAUGAAGAAGAAAUUUUACGAAAUCCGUAUUCGGUAAAACACUGGCAACGUUAUAUUGAUCAUCUUAAAAACACGAAAAGUAAGAAUUUAAAUGUGGUGUAUGAACGAGCACUGAAGGAACUUCCCGGCAGUUACAAAUUAUGGUAUAAUUAUCUUCGACAACGUGUGAGCCAAUUAAAGGGUCGAUGUAUAACAGAUCCAUUGUAUGAAGAUGUCAAUAAUGCAUUUGAACGUGCUUUAGUAUUUAUGCAUAAAAUGCCACGUAUAUGGAUGGACUACUGUACAUUAAUGACUGAACAAUGCUAUAUAACACGAACACGUCAAGUAUUUGAUCGUUCACUUAGGGCUCUCCCUAUCACACAGCAUCAUCGAAUAUGGCCAUUGUAUAUUAAUUUCUUGAAGAAGCAUAAUGUCUAUGAAACUGCUGUCAGAGUUUUUAGGAGAUAUCUAAAGUUAGCUCCAGAGGAUACAGAAGAAUACAUAGAAUACUUAAUAUCUAUUAAAAGACUUGAUGAGGCUGCUGUGAAACUAGCACAGAUUGUCAAUCAGGAUGACUUUGUGUCAAAGCAUGGAAAAUCGAAUCAUCAACUAUGGAAUGAAUUAUGUGACUUAAUAUCAAAAAAUCCUUCCAAAAUAAAAUCCCUGAAUGUGGAUGCUAUUAUCAGAGGUGGUUUAAGACGUUAUACAGAUCAAUUGGGACCUCUAUGGAAUUCACUAGCAGAUUAUUAUGUUCGAAGUGGUCUUUUUGAGAGGGCAAGAGAUAUUUAUGAAGAAGCUAUACAGACUGUAACUACUGUUAGAGACUUUACACAAGUUUUUGAUGCUUAUGCACAAUUUGAGGAACUUAGCCUUAAAAAGCUUAUAGAAGAAGCAGCGACGAAUCCUACUGAGGACGAUGAUAUAGAAUUAGAAUUGAGAUUGGCACGAUUGGAACACCUCAUGGAAAGGAGAUUAUUGCUACUCAAUUCUGUAUUAUUGCGACAAAACCCACACAAUGUAGCAGAAUGGCAUAAGAGAGUUAAACUUUAUGAAGGGCAACCACAUGAGAUAAUUAAUACAUACACAGAAGCAGUACAGACAGUGCAACCACAGCUAGCAGUCGGUAAAUUACAUACAUUGUGGGUUGCUUUUGGCAAAUUUUAUGAAGAAAAUGGUCAAAUAGAGGAUGCUAGAGUAGUAUUUGAAAAGGCAACUCAUGUUCCAUACACAAAAGUCGACGAUCUUGCCUCGGUAUGGUGUGAGUGGGCAGAAAUGGAAAUUCGGCAUGGGAACUGUAAAGAAGCUUUAAAACUCAUGCAUCGUGCUACUACAAUGCCAGCUAGAAAAGUGGCUUAUCAUGAUGAAUCAGAGACAGUGCAAAUGAGAUUAUACAAAUCUUUAAAAGUGUGGUCUAUGUAUGCAGACUUGGAAGAAAGCUUUGGAACAUUUAAGACCUGUAAAGCAGUAUAUGACAAAAUAAUCGAUUUAAAAAUUGCAACUCCUCAAAUUAUUAUUAAUUACGGACUGUUCCUGGAGGAAAACAACUACUUCGAAGAAGCAUUUAGAGCUUAUGAGAAAGGUAUUGCAUUGUUCAAAUGGCCUAAUGUUUAUGACAUUUGGAACACCUACUUGACGAAAUUUUUGAAACGUUAUGGCGGUACGAAAUUAGAGCGUACUAGGGAUCUAUUUGAGCAAUGUUUAGAACAUUGUCCACCGAAAUAUGCUAAAGCUUUAUAUUUGUUAUAUGCAAAGUUGGAAGAAGAACAUGGCUUAGCAAGACAUGCUAUGUCUGUAUAUGAGCGAGCAACAAAUGCUGUUCUGCCAGAGGAAAGAUUUGAUAUGUUUAACAUAUACAUAAAGAAAGCAGCAGACAUCUAUGGAGUACCAAAAACUCGGCAAAUAUAUGAGAAAGCCAUAGAAGUUUUGAACGAUGAGAAUACUAGAGAAAUGUGUUUGAGAUUUGCAGAAAUGGAAACGAAAUUAGGAGAAGUAGAUAGAGCAAGAGGGAUAUACGCAUACUGUAGUCAAAUAUGUGAUCCAAGAGUUACAUCGAACUUCUGGCAAGUUUGGAAAGAAUUCGAAGUUAGACAUGGAAAUGAGGAUACGAUGCGUGAAAUGCUUCGAAUUAAGCGUAGUGUGCAGGCUAUGUACAAUACUCAAGUGAAUAUGAUGUCUGCACAAAUGUUGAAUAAUGCAUCCAAUCAAGUAUCAGAUAUUCCAGUUGAUGCUAUGCGCUUACUAGAUAGUAAAAUUUCGUCAAGUACAGAUAAUAUCAGUAGUGUUAAAGAAAGUAUCAAAUUUGUGCGUGGUGUAACUGAGAAAGAUGGUAAGCCAGAAUCCCACGUAAAUAAUCCGGACGAAAUCGAUAUUGACAUGGACGACGAAGAUGAAAAUGAUGCAGAAGUUGAAGAAGACAUACCGAUUGAAAAACAAGCCAUACCAUCACAAGUAUUUGGUAGUUUAAAAGCAGCUGAAGCUGAAGACGAUUAAAAGCUUCACAGAUUGCAUAAUUGAAAAAAAUGUGUAACAAUUAUAUAAUCUUAUACAUAAAAUAUACUAUUGUAUCAAUUACAGUUUUUUAAAUUUUGUAACAUAUUUAUAAAAAUAUGCAUUUAUGCUUUCUGAAAGUACCACAUAAA